AUGUUACUAAUCGACCACGGAAUAGUUUUUGCCUUUCCAGUUUUCCAUCGAUCAAAUGUUCUGGCGAAAAUAUUCCCGGAAUCGGCACUUCUGAUUGUUCUUGGACUAAUCGUUGGUCUAAUACUUGAUGAAUUAUGGGUCUUAGACAUCUACUUACAUCCAGUUGCCGUACUGUCUGUAUUCGAAGAAAUCCAUGUAAACCAGUUACUCUAUAUUUGCGUCUUCGGAGAGUCCCUGCUCAACGAUGCAGUCACCAUCGUCCUGUACCAUUCCUUGAGUUCGAUGGCAAAAAUUGGAGGCGAAAACUUAAUACGAGAGGAUUUUCUACAUGCAUUCAUCAAUUUCGUCAUGGUGUCCACAGGCGGAAUACUCAUCGGUCUGGUGUGGGUCUGUGUGACCGCUUUCGCGACGAAGUGGUCAUAUGAUGUGCCGAUCGUGCAACCACUUGUUUGUCUUUUCUUUCCGUACUUAUCUUACCUUAUCGCGGAAAGCGUCCACAUGUCAGGCAUUCUCGCCUGUGAGGCGAUCAUCUUCGUUUUCCUCGGCCUUUCGACGUUUUCCAAGAAUCAUACCUGGGACCUCACUUUUGCGCUAGUGACAGUCACUGCUUGUAUCUGCUGCCGAUUCAUUGGAGUGAUGAUUCUAACAUGGAUUGCGAACGAGAAACGCGUCCAAAAAAUCGGUCUUAUGGAUCAGGUAAUCAUGGGGUACGGUGGUCUUCGUGGCGCAAUCUGUUACGGUUUGGUGAUGACAUUAGACAAGGAUGCGAUUCCUGCCAAAGACAUGCUGGUUUCAACGACAGUAGUGGUUAUUGUCAUCACUGUGUUCUUUCAGAGCGGUGAUGACAUGAUGGCCGGUGUUGAAGCGAUCAUCGGAAUGCGUGGAUCAAACUACGUCAGUUUACUGUGCUCUGAAAUUUUCCUUGCUCACAAAUUAACAUCCUCCUCUCAACUCACAUUUCAGUGGCGUCGACGUCUGUCCGAGUUCAACCACAAUUACGUGCAGCCAACAUUAAUGCGCACACCGACAUCGCGUGGCGAGAAGCUCAUGGAGAAGUACUCGGCGUUGUCCGCUGAAGAACAGCGACUGAGAUUACUAGAACGAUUCGGUGUGUGA